UUUACAUUGUGUAAACCACUGAGGACAAUUGCGAUCAGUUUCAUUUUGUAUUUCAAUGUGAAAACAUAUGCCAAGUAUUGAUCUGUUGGUUUUUAAACAAAAUAUUAUAAUUUAUUAAAAAAUAUAUUAAAAAAAAAGUGUUUAAACAAAGAAUAAGUAAAUUAUUAAUUAAAACUAUAAAGAAAUAUGGUGGAAAAACAAUUGGAUAGAAAAAUUGCUUCCCCUGAAAAAUGUGCUCAAAGUGAAUCAUCUAUAAUGCUAAACGAUCAAACAAUUGAAUUAAAUUUUGUGCGCAACCGUUUGGAAACAUUUCAAACCACCGUAUUGCGUGACGUACAGAAACGUAUGUCGGGCAUGAUAGACGAGGUCAUGCAAGAACUUCGACAACAUGAACUGCAAACAAAUGAAUUUCGUAAUUUUGCUACACCACAAAUGUUGCACAAUCAUCUUAACAUAUCAAACACCUGGAGUAAUCGUAUAAGAACUGAAACUAAUAGUCCAAAAUCGGUUAAAAGCACAGAAAAGGAAGUUUCCAAUGAGGAUGACGUUAACGUCACAAAUACAACUGCUAGUGCAACUGAUACAGAUUCUUCUAGCAGUGGAAAUAAGAGAAGAUCCAAAUCGAAAAAAUAUCAUGCAUUGCCUGAAAAGAUAUUCGUUAUGCGUGAAUCAUUUUUGACGGCCCUCUUAGAGGUCGAUCAUAUGAAGACAAUAUAUCAUAUAUUUUAUAUAAUAUUUUUGGUCUUUUUACUGAACAAUAUCACUUAUGAGUAUUUGGCUAAAGGAAGCAUAAGCUUUGGAAUAGGUACUUUCAAAACCAGCUUUGAUAAAAUACAUCUAGUUGCUGGUAUUUGGAUGCUACAACACAUUUUCGUCUUCAGCAUUUAUUAUUCCCUCAAAGGCUGGCAGCAAGUGAGAAUGAAAUUGGACCGACACAAAAACCUUCAACAUUUAUGGUCCCUUUCCUGCCUAUUUACCUAUAUAACUGCCCAAUUAGUAUUUGCCUAUGUGCCCACAAAAUUAUGCCUAUAUUUAGAUCUACCUUUCGCUACGUCUUCCGUCCUGCUGCCGGAAACUGUGAGAUUAUUAAUGAAAAUGCACUCUUUUGUGAGAAGUGUAGCGCCACGAGUUCUAGCCGGAAAAUUAAAAGCUGAGGAGCAGUCAGGAACACAAAUUAAUUUUCCAGCAUUUAACAAGUAUCUGUAUUAUUUAUUUGCUCCCACUCUAUUAUACCGAGAUGAAUAUCCACGCACCUCUACGAUCAGAUGGAAAUUUGCUUUGGCCCGUUUCUUAGAAGUGGUAGCUGUGGCCUUUCUCUAUAGUUAUAUCCAUGAACGUCAUAUUACCCAACAUUUUGGUAAUUUUGGUGUGGAAGAACUUAAUGCUGCCUCCAUUACUAUCAAAUUAUUUGGCAUGUUAAUGCCAAGCAUUAUAAUCUUCUUGGCUGGUUUCUAUAUGAUUUUACAUGCUUGGCUUAAUUUUACGGCAGAGAUAAUGCGUUUUGGCGAUCGUAUGUUUUAUAAGGACUGGUGGACUGCUAGUAAUUAUGAGGGCUACUAUCGCAAUUGGAAUGUGGUGGUUCAUGACUGGUUAUAUGAAUAUAUCUACAAGGAUUUCUAUAAUCACAUCUUUAAGGGUUCCAAAGCCCUAUCAUCGUUAACGGUGUUUGCCAUAUCAGCGGUUUUCCAUGAAUAUAUAUUGGGCUAUGCUUUGCAAGUUUGCUUUCCCGUCAUUUUUGUUUUGUUUGGUAUAAUAGGUGUGGCUAUGAUAUUUAUAACCCGUUAUAUUCCGAAAAAUUUGGGAAAUAUUUUCCUGUGGUUUAGUUUAAUAUAUGGCAAUUGUAUGAUGAUUUCUUUGUAUAGCAUGGAGUAUUAUACACGUUUUAAUUGUCCUAAAGAGUUUAAUAGUUGGAGUGAUUAUUUAGUGCCUCAUUUAUGGAGUUGUUAUUUUAAGUGAGAUUAUUAUUUUAAUAAGAAGUUUGUGAUACUUUAUAUUAUUUAAGUAUAUGCUAAAUUGGAUUAGAUUUUAAGUUUUUUUUUUAUACAAUUUGAUUAAAGCGUGUUUAAGUUCAAA